AUGCCUCAGUUGUAUCCGGACCAGAAUCUGGAUCCCGGAGGGGUGACAGAGGUGAGGAAGCUCCUGAAGUGGGCUAUCUUAGCCCUACCGGAUGGAGCCAAGGCACCCACCUUCGACGGGGUCUGGGAGAGGGACGGUGCAGUCGUGGUGAACUGCACAGAUGAGAUCACAGGGAAUUGGCUGAAAAGCCUAUUUCCUGAAAGCAAAAUAAGUGGACACACCAUACACGUUGUGUCACUCUCGGAGCGUCCAAAAAAGCACCGGGUAGUGGUGCACGUGGAGGACCCAGAGAUCACUUCUCAGGAAGCAUUGUGCUUCCUUGAGAAGCAAAACAAGGGUCUGAUGACCAGCAAUUUGCUACUAGCCCAUGUUAUAUUCAAUAGAAACGAGACAUACGACUUGAGUCAGACUGCCUACCCCGCAAUCUAUCCCUUCGCGAUCGACAGUAUGAGUAAAUACAUCGCGUGUAUUUCUAUUGAGCUUUUGAUAUUUAUCAGCGUGGGUGCUUGGUGGAUAGCUGCAGACAUGGUGUUCCUGCAAUCGGCGACUCACUUAUCUUCACAGUAUCAAAUUUUGAAUGAUGAUUUAAUGACGAUUAAAACCGCAAAUGAUACGCCUACUGUUAGUAAUUAUUCUCCGAUUCAACAAUUGAAUUCUAUUGGCAAACGUCACGCUCAUUUGUUACUAUUGUCCGAGAAGUUGAAGAGAUUAUUCAGCCCGAUAUUGAUGUGUCUGAUGUUGGUGACGAGCGCUAAUAUUUGCAUCUGCAUAAUAAAUCUUCAGGAGGAACUUAUCCAUAAAAACAUUGCUGGAGUCAACAAAUGUGUUGUACACACUAUAAUUACGAUGAUCCAACCGGCUAUAUAUUGCAUUUAUACCAAUGAUCUUGUUGAAAGUGCCGAGCGGACCGCAACAGCGGCAUAUGAAUCUGAUUGGGUGGCCGAAACUCAGAAUUUCAAAAAAUCUGUGCGACUGAUGACCAUGCGUUCCCAAAAAGGUCUGAAAUUCCGGAUUUAUGGAUUCUUCAACGUCGACUUGAAUCAAUUGACGCAGAUUGGUGUCACCGCUGCGAGAUUUUUUGCACUGAUGAACAAUCUAUCCUGAUCUGAUCAGCCUCAAAAGUAAAAUCAAAGU